CGAGCAGAUGUAGGUGAUCUUCGAGUCUGUGGGGAGGAAGGAGCGCGUCGUCCUACAGCUGGACAACAUCAGGAUGUCUGCGGAAAUAUUGGAGAAAAACAAGACGUUAGACUUGAGGAAGAAGCACAUUGGGCCAUCUUGUAAGAUUUUCUUCAGCCAUGACCCGAUCAAGAUUGUGCAAGCCAAAGGCCAGUACAUGUAUGACGAAAAGGGACGGCGCUACUUGGAUUGCAUCAACAAUGUGGCUCAUGUCGGCCACUGUCACCCGGAUGUGGUGAAGGCAGGAGCUCAACAGAUGGAACAACUCAACACCAACUCGCGUUUCUUGCAUGACAAUCUUGUAAUUUACGCCCAGAGGCUGCAGGCCACACUACCUGAGAAGCUGUCUGUGUGCUACUUUGUCAACUCUGGCUCCGAAGCCAAUGACCUGGCCCUCCGACUGGCGUGGCAGUACACAGGCCACAAAGACAUCAUCACGUUGGAAAAUGCGUAUCACGGCCAUGUCUCGUCGCUCAUUGAUAUCAGUCCCUACAAGUUUGACCACCUGUCAGAUGCUGAGCAGAACCCAUUUGUCCAUGUGGCUCCCAGUCCAGAUGUGUACAGAGGCAAAUACAGAGCGGACCACCCUGACCCUGCCACAGCAUACGCAGAUGAAGUCAAAGACAUGAUUAACAGAGUCCAUGAAAAAGGUGGCAAGAUUGCUGCUUUUAUUGCUGAGUCACUGCAGAGUUGUGGCGGGCAGGUCAUUCCCCCCUCAGGCUACUUCCAGCAAGUGGCAGAACAUGUCCGCAAGGCAGGGGGCAUUUUCAUCGCUGAUGAAGUCCAAGUGGGCUUUGGGCGCGUUGGCACCCACUUCUGGGCCUUCCAGCUUCAGGGAGAGGACUUUGUGCCUGACAUUGUCACCAUGGGAAAGCCUAUUGGCAAUGGCCACCCCAUGUCAUGUGUGGUCACGACCAGAGAGGUGGCAGAGGCCUUCAUGUCAUCUGGAAUGGAGUAUUUUAAUACAUUUGGCGGUAACCCAGUGUCGUGUGCCAUCGGUCUGUCCGUCCUAGACGUGAUUGUGAAAGAGGAUCUUCAGGGUAAUGCACUGCGUGUGGGGCGAUACCUGACCAAUCUGCUGGAAAAACAGAAGGAGAAGCAUCCACUGGUUGGUGAUAUCAGGGGUCGUGGCCUCUUUGCUGGCAUGGAGCUUGUGAAGGACAGGUUGAAGCUCACUCCUGCUACAGCAGAAGCCCAAGAAGUCAUAUAUAAGCUAAAGGAAGAGUACAUCCUCCUGAGUGCUGAUGGACCUCAUCGCAAUGUGCUUAAAUUCAAGCCUCCCAUGUGCUUCACUACGGAAGACGCUGACCUGGUAGUGGGGAAGAUUGACCACAUUCUUACAGAGCUUGAGGAAGCAUUGGGUUUGAAGUUGCACAGCAGUGUAGAGAAUGGAAGCAGUAAAAGAAAGCUGCCGACUGAUGAAAAUGGACACCAGUAUCACAGUGGGUUAGAGCACAACAGAGGGAGCACUAAUGGAGCUGCUCAACAAACCAAACAAACCAAACGCCUCAGGACAUAACGCUGCCUACCAACAGUCAGAGCUGUGAAGUGACAACACAAUUGACAUAGUUAAAGAACUGGGAUCAGAGAAUAUAAGAUGACAAAACGCUGGGGAUAUUAAAAAAAGAAAAGUGUCUUGACAUAAUCUAAUCAAAACUGUUUUACAUGAAUAAUUAUUAUAUACUGUAUAUCUCUGAGAUUGCAGAGUCCUCUCAGGUAUUACUUUUAAAAUUACACAGAAAUCAAGCCACUCAUGCGGUGGUUUGAAAUUGGUGCAACAAACAUGCAUGUUACCAUGCUACACAAUGUGUAUACUCUUUAUAUUUGAAUCUCUGCCAACAUUAACUUGACUAUGAUUUUCAGGGAAUUCUGAUGUUCAUAAAUCAUAUGGUAUCAUGUCAAAAUAUUCAGUGGUGUCUAAAUUGUGACAUAAAAAUACAGCUUUCACUGUUUUAAGUAUUGCUAACUGUAGUUGAGUGUGGAAUACCUGUCUAGAACCAUUUUGUGCCCUAAUUUGUAUGAAAUAUAUUUUAAUUUAUGCAGUACUUUGUGUACAAAUGGGGGAAAUUUGGAGCAUGCUUCUUCCACUCUGCCUCAAGCAAACAAACAUGGAAGCUGUUUGACCAGUCUGCAAUUAUUUACAGAUGUUCCCAUAUUUGUUCUUGACAGAGAGUAGACAUGGCUCCCAAAAAGUUCCUUACAUGCAUGUUAGAGUGAUCAGUCACCACCAAAGGAAGGGCCUUUAGUGCAUGGAGAAAAAUAAAUGAUGUACAGAAGUACAUGUAUGGUGUUCAUGAACAA